GCUAUCUACGAAGCACAGAAAACACCAUGACGCAAGGUUCCGACGAAGGUGCCGGCGCUGCGCACCCGUCGUGGCCGAGCGGCGCCGACGCCGACACACCCGUCGCGCCCACGGCGGGUGCGGCGGCCGCCAUGACUCUCGGCAGCAUCCUCACCGUGGCCGGCAUCUUCCUGCUCUUCGUCAUCUUCGCCUUCGCCCUCGCUUCCCUCCAGUACUGCUUCGAGUCCCGCAGGGACAGGGACAGGGACGCACGGACCGGGCGGCGGGGCGGUGGUAGCAGGGGCGGCGGCGUCGACCCGGAGCUGCUGCGCUCGCUGCCUGUCACGGUGUACCGUGCGCCGCCGCAAGGUUCGUACAAGGGACGGCAGCAGGGCGUGGUACUGGAGUGCGCCGUGUGCCUCGCCGAGCUCCAGGACGGCGAGGAGGCCCGGUUCCUGCCCCGCUGCGGCCACGGCUUCCACGCCGAGUGCGUCGACAUGUGGCUCGCCUCCCACACCACCUGCCCGCUCUGCCGGACCACCGUCACCAAGCCCGACGCAUCGCCUCCGACGCCUUCUUUGGCUCUUCCACCCGUACCGCCGGAGCCCGCGAACUACUACGCCACCGCCAGCUUGCCCGCCACCAGCGUGCUUCUCGGCGUGUCGGCUGGCCAUAGCGCGGUGACCAUGACCACCGACGUGCCCCCGAACCCAUCCACUGGCUCCACGGCCUCCAUGGUGAUCGAGAUACCGGACUUGGCCGCGCCAACGCCGACGCUGACCCCUCGCGACGCUGCCAGGUCACCGGGCUCGGCGAGGCUCAGAUCGAUAAGGAGGCUGUGGAGCUUUGGAAGGCUAGGGGCGGGGGCGACUUCUUCCUGCUCCUGUGCCGGUGCUGGUGCCAGCGAAGGAGUCGACUUGGAGGCUUGGAGCAGGGUUUAAGCUAGCCAGUAGCGUAAACGUUACCAUAGCACGGCCACCGCUCCGGAACAGGGUAUACAGUCGGGGAGCAGCACCAAUUUCUGCGCUCUCUGCAAUGGAGCAGAUGUAUAGUCAAUUACUGGACCAUUUCAUAAUUUUAGAACAUGUGCAUUCGUUUUCUUUUAGAA